AUGUCAAAUGAAACAGCGUCUAUGAGAGAAAUACAACACAACCGACAACUCAUUAUGCAAGCUCUAAAUAAGAACACAACAAACUUUUCAAACUAUUCUAAGAUAUCUGAGUCAUUGAAAGGGGGUGACUUAAAACUGACAAUAAACCCAAUGACAGAUGAGUUUCUGUUUCAAGACAAUAAGAACCAUACUGUCUGUAUAAAUCCAACAAAAGGAACUUUAAACGAGAAACCUAUAAAUGAACUUCUUUUGAAAGCAGAUGUUGACAACAAAGCUGACAAAGAAUAUGUAGACGAUGCAAUAGCAAAAGAAGAAGAAAGAGCUAACAAUGCUUAUGCAACAAAAGAACAUACUCAUCCUGAACUAGCAGACAAAACAUAUGUUGACAAUAAAAUGUCAAGUGAAGUGACAAGAGCUGAAAACGAAUAUUCUAAAAAGACUCAUAUACAUUAUAUUAACCAAAUACCAAGUCUUAAGGAAACAUUAGAGACAAAAGCAGAUAAGACUCAUACACAUACCAUUGCAAAUAUUACAAACUUACAAGAAACCUUAAACAGGAAAAGUAACGUUGGACAUACACAUACAUCUUCUGAAAUAACAGACUUAAACGUUAGCCUUGAAAAUAAAGCAGAUAAAACAUAUGUCAAUGAAAUAUACCAAAGUUUGAUAGGAACAAAAAAUAUUGAAACUAUUGUUGGUGACUUUUCUGUCAAUGAAGAAAAUAAAUAUUUUAGAUGGCAGUUGGUACAGUCCUUAAAAAUGGUACACGGCAUAAACUCAUUCCGAAAAAUAACAAUGAAAUGUAUGUAA